AUGGUACAUAACAAGGUCUUCUUCUCACCAACAGAAGAACCACAUGAACCCGACGAAGAAGAACCACAUGAACCAGACGAAGAAGAACCACAUGAACCAGACGAAGAAGAACAACAUGAAUUAGACGAAGAAGAACCACAUGAACCAGACGAAGAAGAACCACAUGAACCACACGAAGAACCACAUGAACCCGACGAAGAAGAACCACAUGAACCUGACGAAGAAGAACCACAUGAAUCAGACGAAGAAGAACCACAUGAACCAGACGAAGAAGAACCACAUGAACCAGACGAAGAAGAACCACAUGAAUUAGACAAAGAAGAAAACGUGUAA